CUUGGUCAAGACACUCAUCGAAAUGGCCGCCCAUACUGUCCCCGGCAUCGCCCGCGUGGAGGAGGCUCUGCAUCGCAUCGGCCACCAAGAACCCAACUUCUCCAUGAGGGCGGAUAUUUUUAACAGGCACGGCAACGCCAAAACGUACACACACGACAAUGAGAACAACAACUUGAUCCAGCAGGCCAAGGAGACCGGUUGGGUGCCUUUGCACAAUUCCGACGACGCAAACAAUACUGAGGAGACCUGGGCCACUCACCUUGCCCUCCAGGAUUUUGGCGUGGGCGUGGGGCAUGUCCUCUACGGUCCGAUGCUUCAGAAAUUUGCACCUCGCAAGCAUGCGGCAUUGUCGAGGGAAGGUCUUGUCAGGGAGUUUGAUGUGCAGCUUCACGGAAACGGUGUUACCCACCUUCGCCACAAGGAUCUGCUAUCCAUGGCGAUUCUGACCGAUAUCGCCCGCACGUACUUCGAGCAUCACGGCCAGUACCAGAUGGUUGAGAAAGAGCUGGAAAUCCGCAAUGCCGCCAGAGCAGAUCUCAGGGACAGGAAGCCAAAGCGCCCACAUCCUGCCGAACAGGACCGUGAGCGAGCGAAGGCCAGGCGGGUGGCUAGACCACACAGCGUGAUCACCUCAGAGCGCGACAGCCCGGUCCAGAAUCCAAUCACGUCGCCGGCAUCGCUAGCUGAGCUUGGUUCCACCCGCAGCGGCUUCUUGAUGUCGUCAAACCCUCCUCAGGGUCCAGCUGCACCACCCAGUAGUACGUCCGGAACCACUCCUGCCGCCGCGACUUUCCAGCAUCCACUCGACGCGAGCAACAGUGUCCACAGCCAGUCCGAGGCCUUCGACGACGUUGACGACGUUGACGAGUAUGGCCGGCCGUACUAAUUCAGCUCUGGUGCCUUCACUGCCAUUCAAACCCCCUUUUCAUCCCCUGAGCCUUCUCACGCCGAGGUCCACCCACCACCUCCCAGGCUGCUGAGCUCAUACUUGCCUGAGCAGCAGUGGGGUCCGGGCGCGGGGGUAGAGAUGGAUCUAGGGCAGUGGACCGGUCGUCUGGUCAUGGAAAGGGAAGGUUCAGCGAGUGGAGGGCCUGUUUGCCUCCGCAGUCGCCGUCUUUUACAACGAGCACAAAAAGGCAUGGCACAGAUGACUUGGCCGCGUGCGGAUUGAUCUUGUAGGGGCGCUGUGUGUAGAUGAGGGCGAUCUUCUUGCUUUUUGGAAUCUUGCUGUGUAUGGAUGCAUUAUGCCUUUUCUUUUGUGCGUGGUUCGGGGUUCAGGAUAGAAACCAGCAAUACUUACCAAAACCAGCCAGGUCUGUUUGAAUU